AUGGGCGCCGACAACUCCUCCAACGAGGAGGUGGCCCCUAAGGAGGUUCACGUCCAUGAUGACUCCAAGACGAAAACAGGCGACGAUGUCGAGGUCGGCGAGAUCAAGGAAGAGAACAAGUAUGCGUAUGACGACUCGCAAAAGCUGGGUAUCACGGGUGCCGUGUUCCUCAUUCUCAACAAGAUGAUUGGCACGGGUAUCUUUUCGACACCCUCGAGCAUUUUCGCAGCGACGGGAUCUGUCGGCGGUUUCCUCACCUUCUGCGGCCUCAGCGUGUGGCUCGAAUUCGGCCUGGCCAUUCCCCGGUCCGGCGGCGAGAAGAACUAUCUGGAAUACAUCUACCGCCAUCCCAAGUACCUCGCGACCUGCAUGCUCGCCUCGCAGAUGAUCCUGCUCGGCUUCUCAUCCGGCAACUCGCUCGCCUUUGGCCGUUAUAUCCUCUACGCGGCCAAGGGCGAGCUCAAAGAUACCUACGCGGCGCGCGGCAUCGGCGUUGCCUGCGCCACCUUCGCCGUCGUGCUGCACGCCAUAGCGCCGAAGUGGGGUAUCCGGUUGUUCAACGUCCUGGGUAUCUUCAAGGUGGCCGUGUUGAUCUUCAUCGUCUUCUCCGGCUUUGCUGCGCUAGCAGGCCGCCGCCUGGUGCCGGACCCCGGUAACUUCGAGAACGCCUUCGCUAUCGAGAGCGGCGAGGGAUACGGAGGCGGCGGCGCGUAUGCCUACUCCAACGCCCUGCUCAACAUCGUCUACAGCUACAAGGGCUGGGAAAACGCAAACUAUGUGCUCAGCGAGAUCAAGAACCCGAAGCGGACCCUGACUAUCGCUGCACCCCUCGCGGUCGGCGGCGUGACCAUCCUGUACGUCCUCGCCAACGUGGCCUACUUUGCCGCCAUCCCGAAAUCCGACCUGGCGACCUCGGAGGUGAUUGUGGCGGGUCUCUUCUUCCGGAACGUCUUUGGCGACAGUGCCGGCGCCCGUACCCUGCCCGCUUUUGUCGCGCUCAGCAACCUAGGUAACGUCCUAGCCGUCAGUUUCGCCCACGCGCGGUUGAACCAGGAGCUCGGAAAGGAGGGUCUGCUCCCACUGAGCCGGGUGUGGGGCUCUAACAAGCCGUUCAACUCGCCCGCUGCUGCUCUGUUCCUCCAUUGGAUCGUGACCAUCAUCGUGCUGCUCGCGCCGCCCCCCGGACCGGCAUACAACUUCAUCGUCAACCUGUACACGUACCCAGGCGCGUGGAUCAACAGCUUCGUGGCGGCGGGGCUCAUCUACCUGCAGUUUCAGAAGAAGGAGCCGUGGAACCCGGGGUGGCGCACCUUUUUGCCCGUCACCAUCAUCUUCUUGCUGUGCAACGCCUUCCUGGCUAUCGUGCCCUUCAUCCCGCCGUCAGACGGCGACUUCUGGGCGGACGGCUACCCGUACUACGUGUUCCCUGUGGUGGGUGUGGGUGUUUUGCUGCUGGGCGCCGUGUACUGGUCGCUGUGGACCAAGUUCUGGCCGGCGGUGCGCGGGCACAAGGUGGUGGCGGAGCGGAUUAUUGAUGAGACGAAUGGGGAGGAGGUCAUUCGGUAUCGCAAGGUCAAGACACAUGUUGCUUGA